ACCCAAUUCAGGAUGCCGGAAUUACCCGCAGGGCUACCCGGAUGGGUAGGCAGGUUCUUGCAUCGUUGUUUUUAUUUAGUAGAGCCUCUAUCCUCCAGGCUCUGGGAUUCCUGCAGUCUCUUCAUCCAUCACCCUGAGGUGAUGGGGCCUUCAAGUCCUUCCAGAAAGGAAUGUCCUCAGCGUCGAGGUAGGGCAGGCUUCAUGGCUGCCAGUGUCGUGGGAUUGCUUCUCCUCCAGGUGGUGUCGUGGGCAUCAGGUGCCCGCCCCUGCAUCCCUAAAAGCUUCGGCUACAGCUCGGUGGUGUGUGUCUGCAACGCUACAUACUGUGACUCUCUUGACCCCCUCACCUUCCCUGCCCUUGGCACCUUCAGCCGCUAUGAGAGCACACGCAGUGGGCGCCGCAUGGAGCUGAGCACGGGGACCAUGCAGGCCAACCGCACGGGCACGGGACUGCUACUGACUCUGAAGCCAGAACAGAAGUUCCAGACACUGAAAGGAUUCGGAGGGGCCAUGACAGAUGCCGCUGCUCUCAACAUCCUUGCCUUGUCACCCCCUGUCCAGAAUUUGCUUCUUAAAUCUUACUUCUCUGAAGAAGGAAUUGAAUAUAACAUCAUCCGGGUACCCAUGGCCAGCUGCGACUUCUCCAUCCGCACCUACACCUAUGCCGACACCCCCGACGACUUCCAGCUGCACAACUUCAGCCUCCCAGAUGAAGAUACCAAGAUGAAGAUCCCCCUGAUUCACCGAGCCCUGCGGUUAGCCCAGCGCCCUGUCUCCCUCUUGGCUAGUCCCUGGACGUCUCCUACUUGGCUCAAGACCAAUGGGGCCGUAAAUGGCAAGGGGUCGCUCAAGGGUCAGCCAGGGGAUAUCUACCACCAGACCUGGGCCAACUACUUCGUCAGAUUUCUGGAUGCCUAUGCCGAGUACAAGUUACAGUUCUGGGCAGUGACGGCUGAGAACGAGCCUUCUGCGGGGUUGAUUAGUGGGUACCCCUUCCAGUGCCUGGGCUUCACCCCUGAACACCAGCGAGACUUCAUCGCCCGUGACCUGGGCCCCACCCUCGCCAACAGUACCCACCGCAACGUCCGCCUGCUGAUGCUGGAUGACCAGCGCCUGCUGCUGCCCCGCUGGGCACAGGUGGUGCUGGCAGACCCAGAGGCAGCCAAGUACGUUCACGGCAUCGCUGUACACUGGUACCUGGACUUCCUGGCUCCAGCAAAAGCCACCCUGGGGGAGACGCACCGCCUCUUCCCUGACACUAUGCUCUUUGCGUCCGAGGCCUGUGUGGGCUCCAAGUUCUGGGAGCAGAGUGUGCGGCUGGGCUCCUGGGACCGGGGCAUGCAGUACAGCCACAGCAUCAUCACGAACCUCCUCUACCAUGUGGUUGGCUGGACGGACUGGAACCUAGCCCUGAACCCCGAAGGGGGCCCCAACUGGGUGCGCAACUUUGUUGACAGCCCCAUCAUCGUAGACAUUGCCAAGGACACGUUUUACAAGCAGCCCAUGUUCUACCACCUUGGCCACUUCAGCAAGUUCAUUCCUGAGGGCUCCCAGAGAGUGGGGCUGGAUGCCAGCGAGAAGAACGACUUGGAAGCAGUGGCACUGACACACCCCGACGGCUCUGCAGUUGUGGUCGUGCUCAACCGCUCCUCCAAGGACGUGCCUCUCACCAUCAAGGAUCCUGCCGUGGGAUUCUUAGAGACUAUGUCCCCUGGCUACUCCAUUCAGACCUACCUAUGGCGUCGCCAGUGACGAAGCAGAGCCAGGCCAGUGCCAGGCUCCAUGUGGGCAUUAAAGGGAGCCCGCUAACAUGCUGCCUGUGGCUAACAAGGGCAUGGCAGGGCCGGGAUGAGCUCAGUGACGUAAGCUCGGGGCUGUGGUGUGGGUGACUCACUCUCCCCUCCAGCUGGUGCCAGGGGCUGGAGGUCCCCAGGGAAAGAUCCUGGUGUGAGCGUAUGCUGAGUGCUGGCUGUCUGUGGAAACUGGGCCUGGGCCCAGGGUGAGCUCACUGUCUGUAAAACACAAGAUGGGGGGCGGGGAGGAAGACACUAGGAAGGCUAGACCCAAAACUGGGGCAUACUUGUCUUCCUGGAGAAGCAGAACUGUGAACGGGCAUGCCGGUCUUUCUGGAGAGGCAGAACUGGGCUCAUGCAGAAGCCAUGCCAGCAGGACAGAAGCCACCGGAGGAGCCAUGUGCUGGGGGAGCGGGGGAGCUCCCAGGGUCUCUCAGGGCACCAGUCAGGAUGAAUGGUAACCCUUAAAGGAGAGCUGUCUGA